GUUUUGGUCUUUUCGCUGUUAGCAACGCAAAGAACCUGAGAUAGCUGUAAACCCUAUUUUGAGACAAUCGAAUUUUUUUGUUAGGAUUAUAUAACAAAUUGACAAGAGGUGUAACUCCCAUGUUUAUUUUGGAAGAGUGAUUUGCGCGUGUUGUCUUUUUUAAAUAUUGUUAUUUUUUUUCGUUUUAAAAGGAAUUGUACAGAUCGCUAAUUUAGCUAGCAACUGAUAGCCACCUAGCUUCUUAGCAUUGCAUCUUAUAUGCUUCAAGAGGCACGUUGACAUUAGGCUGCUAGCUAGCCAGAUCUUAGGAUUGCUAACAGUUAACAGUAGCGAUCUGUCACACAAACAUACACCUUCUCGUCGUCAGUAAGAAAUUGUGGUGUGAAGCUGGUCGUUUUAAGACGCCGUCUUUUAUGGGAUCACAAUGUCAAUGAAGGCCGGUGGAAAUCGCAGCAAGCCCGGCGGUGGCAACACCGCUGGUACCGCCGCCUCCGGUGCCGGAGGAAGCGGCGGGGGAAGACAGAAUCUGGGCAGGGGAAGACACAGUGGUAAAGGUCCCGCAGCAGUCAUUUUCAAUGGUGUAUAUGCAAAUAUGAGGAUGGUCCAUGUCUUGACUUCAGUGGUGGGGGCCAAGUGUGAGCUGAAAGUGAAAAACGGAGCAGUCUAUGAAGGAGUAUUUAAGACAUACGGUCCAGAGUGUGACCUGGUGUUGGAUGCAGCCCACAGAAAGAGCCCAGAGCCGAGCAUAGCCCCCAGGAAAGAGGAUAUUGUGGAGAGCAUCAUUUUCAAGGCCUCUGAUGUCGUAGUGGUGACCUUCAAAGAUGUGGACCUAAAUUUUGCCAGAAAAGUCUCCUCUGACACAGACAACUUCACAGAUGCAGCAGUGAGCAGUAGGAUCAAUGGCGAGCAUAAAGAGAAAGAUCUAGAGCCCUGGGAUGGAGGAGAGACCCACAACUCUGACAGCCUUGAGUCUCUGGAUACAGAUGUGGCCUUUUGUGAAAUUCUCUCUCUCUCUUCAUCUCAGUCAAACGGGUGGGACCCCAAUGACAUGUUCAAAUACAAUGAGGAGAAGUAUGGAGUCUUGUCUACAUAUGACAGCAGCUUGUCCACAUAUACGGUCCCCCUGGAGCGGGACAACUCAGAAGAGUUCCUCAAGAGGGAAGCGCGUGCUGCCCUGCUGGCAGAGGAGAUUGAGGCCAGUGCCACAUACAAGGCCCGUGUCGCCUUGGAGAAUGAUGAACGCUCUGAGGAGGAGAAAUAUACUGCUGUGGUGCGAGGGGAAAGGGAGACUCACACACUUAGCAGAGAGAACAAGUACAUUCCUCCAGGUCAGAGGAACAGGGAGGCGAUGUCAUGGGGACCGGGACGUCAGAAUUCCCCUCGUCUUGCUCAGAGCUCAGCUGGACCCCCCACUCCUCGACCAGGACCUCACGACUACAGUCCCAGCUCAGGGGCCGAUCAGAGGGUGGUUAAUGGAGGUUCAUCCCACUGGCCCUCACCCUGUCCAUCUCCUACCUCCCGCCCCCCCUCCCGUUACCAGUCUGGCCCCUCCUCCCUGCCUCCUCGGGCGGCCACGCCCACCAGGCCACCCUCCAGACCCCCCUCUCGACCUUCCAGGCCUCCCUCUCAUUCAUCCCACCCCUCCUAUCCCUCCUCCUCCUCAACCUCCUUUUCCCACCAUGGGCCCACAUCGCCAGCCUCCACUCUGCCCAAACGCAUGUCUUCAGAAGGUCCACCCAGGAUGUCUCCAAAAUCACAGCGGACGCCUCGUGCUCACAGAGUGCCACCCUGCCGGACCACUGGAGUCCCUCCAGGAGUGGACUUAAUUUCCCAUAAUGCACCUGGAGAGGUCCCAGUGACUCCACCAACCAGGAGCAGCUCCUCUGGAGGGACAUGGUCCUCAGUGGUUAGCGGAGCUCACAGACCUCGUUCCCCCAGACAGAAUAGUAUGGGUGGAGCCUCCCCUGGCCCCUCCUCCCUCCCGUCACCACAGACAGGAACAGCUCCUGUGGAAACUGCUUCUACACCAACAUCAGCUUCCUCUCCGACUGCUGCUAGCCCCGCCCCCAACAUGGUCGCCUCUCCAUCAGGUGAAGCAAAAGAGUGUCGUGUCCAAGAGACGAGACAAACAUCCCCCACGGCAAACAAGGAGAACAUCAAACCCAUGGACAGCUCACCUAGUAUCACCAGACCAGUCUGUAAAGGACCCCCUUCUAUGGCACCAGACCACAGAAAACAAAUAGAUAAUUUAAAGAAAUUUAGUGUAGAUUUUAGGUUGCAGUCUAGUUCAAACUCAGAGCCUGCCUUUGACCAGAUGAUGACCAAGCCUCCCAGAGAUCCAGCAGACAAGCCUAAAGACCUUCCCUUGGACAAAGCCUCCACAGUGGGGCGGGAGGGCAACGAAGAGGGCGUUGUAGGUAUUGCUGCUGGCACCCCUGGCGGUGCUCCUGCUCCAUCCACCACCACUGCAAACACCAGUAAGCCUGGCAGCCCCGCUGCACUGUCCCCGUCUCCUUCCGCUCCGGACCAGAAGAGGGCGGGGCUGGAUGUGACAUCACAGGGAGUUCAGACGACGUCCACAUUUAGUGGUCCCAAGCAUGAAGAAAAGGAGGAGAAAAAGGAGGCAGUGCAAGAUCAAGUGAGAAAAUCAACCCUGAACCCAAAUGCCAAUGAGUUCAAACCCAGGUUCAAUACGCAGCCCAAACCAGCCAACACCCCGACGCCUCCCCGGCCUCAGGGCCAACCCAGCCCCUCCAUCGUAGUCCAGCAGCCCCCGACUGUGUAUGGCCAGACAGUCUGCUUCCCCCAGAUGUAUCCCCUUACACCAGUCAGCCCUGGAGUGCAGAAAAGCAUAAUAUGGAAGUCUCCAGCUAUGUAUCAGGUUCAGAUGCCUCAUAUGACGGUCAGCCAGUCUAAACCCUACAGACCAGGUAAAGUAUCCAACAUGCCCCAGCAGAGGUCAGACCAGCAUCACCCACAGGGCACGCCCACCAUGAUGCACCCAGCGACGGCAGCAGGACCGCCUAUUGUAGCACAGAGCCCUGCCUACUCUGCCCAGUACUUCACCUGCAGCCCGCAGCAGUUCACCAGUCAGCCGCUGGUCCAGCAGAUGACACAUUAUCAAUCACAGGCACAGCAUGUGUUCAGUCCGGUAAUGCAGGGCAACGCCAGGAUGAUGGCGCCUCCCACACACGGCCAACCCAGCCUCGUCUCUUCCUCAACUACACAGUACCCAGAGCAGACACACACCAUGUAUGGUACGACAGCCUACCACAUGUUGUCUCCAGGGCCAAUGCCUCAGCAGUACCCCCAUCCAAAUGCCACCUUGCACCCUCACCCACAGCACCCCCAGCCCUCUGCCACGCCUACAGGCCAAGCCCAGCAGGGUGGUCCCCCACAACAUGGAGGUCCUCCUAGCCACCCAGCUGCCAGCCCGGUCCAGCACCCACAGCACCAGCAGGCAGCAGCAGCAGCAGCAGCAGCCCAGGCCCUCCACAUGGCCAACCAGGCACCGCAGCAGCAGAUGUUCUCAGCCUUGGCCCCCACGCCCCCCUCCAUGACCCCGGGGCCCAACCCUCAGUCUCCCCAGGCAUCGUUCCCCUCUGCCCAGCAGACUGUCUAUAUCCACCCGCAGCAGGUGCAGCACGGCUACAACCACAACCACAUGGCACACGUGCAGCAGGCCCAUAUGCAGUCCAGUAUGGUGCCGUCUCACCACCCGGCACCCACCCACCCCACGAUGAUGCUAAUGGCUACCCAAGGUCCAGGUGGUCCGCAGCCACAAAUGCCCCAGACUGCCCUCAACCCCAUACCCGUUUCCUCCACCACACAUUUCUCCUACCUAGCACAUCCACAAGUGCAAACUCAUCAUCAGCAACAGCUGUAGAUAGAGGGCGCCAGCGAGCCGAAGGACCCACUCUGCGUCAUGCUUCUCAACCAGAGCCUUCAUAACCAGGCGAUGAAGAGAAUGAGAGCCCUCCCUCUCCACUCUUUCCUCAUCCUCACCAGACAUGCUUCACAUCAGCUUUUCUCUUCCCUCCCUCCCUCCCUCCCAGACUAGGCAAUAAGAGAAUGUUAACAGGUUGAUGCAGUGACAUGUUUUAACGAGCUAGAGAGUUUUUAACAGACAAGACUGCUCCUAUUCAGCCCCUGUUCACAUGCAAACACACACACACACACACACACUUUUUCAGGGGUCCCAAAUUGCAAUUUGAGUCAGCUUGCCAAGUAAAGACGUGACAGAGAGAAUGAGAGUAACUAAUCAGUGAGAGUGAAGAAGAAAAUUAAACUGGAACUUGCAUUUUGUCUGCACCUUGUUCUGAGGAAAAAAAAAUCUUCCAACCUUUAGACAGUAUUAAUCUUACUGUUUAUUGCUGCUGCUAUGUGCUGCGUUUGUUUCCAAACUACAUGAAAGGUUUCUAACCAAACUAAAAACGAAACAUGACAAGAAGCUUCCUGUGAAAUAAACACAUUUUGGCAGCCAAGAGGACAGGAGAAAUGUUAUUUAUGAAAUUAUAAUGGCUGAGGUGAUCAGAUCCCACUUCUCACCUGACCCUUAUGUAACUUUUAAGUUAAAACUUUUACUUUGUAGAUAAUAUAAAUAAUUUAAAAAAUGAGCAAAAAAAUUUAAAAACAAUAAAAAAGUUUUAAAAACUGAA